AUGUCCAACCGCAAACGCAAGUUUAAUUCCACUUUUGGCUCCGUUCAUGAAACGAUCAUCGCAGAUACCGGUACCUUCAGAACAUCGAGAGCCAACCUCAGUAAAAUUCGUGCAGAUCGACUUGCACUUGAACGAGAAAACUUGGAGAAUCAUCGAGAGCUGAGUGCUGCCACACGACAAGUCCUUGCUGAGGCAGCCAUCUACACGAACAACUACUCAAACAAUGUCGACGACUCCUUUGCGGACUUUGGCGAUAUCGUCGGUGCAGCAGUGGCUAUGGAUGGUGACGACUCCACAGAAGAGGACGAGGGUAGUGAGAUGCACUCUCCAGUUGCUGGUCAUGACCGGCAUGCAGUUAGUGUUGCACGAAUGCAAGUAUUCAAGUGCAUUCAAGGUAGACACCGUCACCGACGCGCACCUUGCAGCCGCCUCAUGCACAACCGUGCUAUGCAUUCUGCAUGGCGGGAUCAAAUGCCGUCCCUCACUCGGGCGUUCUUGCUAUGGAAGCAGAACCCUUGUUUACCAUCUGCUCAAGCACCGAUGACUUCUUUUCACGUCACCAUGGUUGAUAUUAGCAAUGUACUCGAACAUUGUGUUGAUCAAGCCCCCGAUGAACUUGCUAAUGUAUCGCUCCUGAAGUCUGGCUACCUCGGCUGCUCGCCUCUUCAACCUACGCUUGCGAUCUCUUUGAGUUGUCUGGAGCUUUAUCACCAAAUAUGCCGGAGAAAGCCAUCAUUCAGCGUGCAGGGCAUGGUCAAGGUGCUAUGUGCUCUUCAUAAUUCAUUACAUGACCAGUUCGUGGUCGCAUUCGAUGCAUAUCUUGCCAUUGUGCGAGAGGUGAAAACUCUGGUCGAUCAGGCACUAGGUCGAGACACGCCAGACUGGCGUAUGCUCCAUGCAUGUCCAGCAUGCAACUACAAGCAACCUGACGAGCCUCCUCUCUAUCCUGCACGACUCGACGCCUUUGAUGGCAACAACUCACUGAAACGUGUUGAUGGUUCUGGCCAUGCCGACGAACAUUUUUUUCAAUCUUCUUAUCUUAUUCCUGCUGCUGAGGUGGAUUUAUUCAAAGACGAUGUUCGCCUUUGCCCAGGAGCAACCGCAGGCAAUGAGACCCAUCUCUCAAAUGUUCCAACUUCGGAUGGCUCGACGACGUGUACUGAAAACUGGAAGGUCGCCAACACGACCUCCGAAAAUAGCACUAACGUCUUCGAUCAGACUGGCGUCUUCGUGAGCGCAUGUCGCCAUGGCAUUAUUCAAACUUUAGUUGAACUCCGGCGAAGUGGUGAACUUGCAAAAUAUGCUCUCGCAACGGCAAACAAAUUAAUUGACGUGUACGGAGCCAACGGUCUGACCGGCUACGACAUUGGGUGUUCUUUUUCCAAGAUAAUUGCUGCAAGUUCUGUCGCUGACAAAGUCAAGAAAGCUAACCAUCGUUUCAUUGUCAAUGCUUUUCACGGGCAUGCUCACAAUCGCCGCUGUCAACUCCAGUAUCAUACGCUCUAUCAGAAAGGUCUUGGGAUUGAAGAUCUCGAGACUUGUGAGCGUGUCUUUGCAGGAUCGAACACUGUUGCCCCACUUAUACGACAUGCAUCAUAUUUUCACUGGCUCCAAUUUAUCGACCUUCAAUUUGAUCAAUGGGAUCAAGAUCGCUAUCAAGAACUCAGUCAGUUUCUGUACAACAACUACAAGCAGGCGCUUCACCUCAUCGAUGAACUCACGCCUGCUGUUGAGGAGUUGAAACAACAGCUCGAUCUUUCGGAUGCUGAUUUCGAGCGAUGGAAUAUUGAAGAACUUCAAUAUCUGGAGGCUCUUGCUGCAGAGCCGGAGUAUGAUCCCGAGAAGAUCGCAUAUGUCGAAGCACUGCAGUCAUUAGCCAAGGCCGAAGCUGGAUACGGUAGCAUUACUUCCGUUCAAUUUCUUUCAUACGCGCUGGCCGAUUUCACACAGAACUCAGGUCUACGCAAAGGUCCGCAAGCUGCGACCAAAGCACGUGAAGCUGAACGCCGAGCUGCCUAUAACAAACUUGCUCUUGAGAUGAACACAGUCCAUGACUUGGAGCGCCGGCUUGAUCUUAUGAAGCGCUGGACACCCGGUGAUCCCGAAUAUCAAGAAGCGCUCAAAUAUUUGAAUAAUCGGCAGUUUAUACGUGCGGUUCAACAUCUUGAAGGACUCGUUGUGCAAAGAUUGUUUGAACUUGCCAAGGCCAACUUGGCCGGUACAGGUUAUAAAAUGCACCAACAGAUUUCCAAUGCAAUAACUCGCCGUUCCACUGCGAUUCGCAACGUGCUUGAAUACUACAAUCGACUUGCACCUCUGCAAUCCCCUCCACGAGACAUACUGAAGUUUAGCGAGGUUGCAUCGUAUGCGUGGCUUGGCGAGUUUGAGCUGCUCAAAAGCUCACGGCGGGAAGUCUUAACCAAACCUUGGGUCUCAAAAGCCAACAGGGAGGUGGCAGGCAAAUACUUCAGGAUAGUUCGUGCACGUGAAGAAAUUGAAUGUCUCAAUGUUGAGAUCUCUCGUCUUCAAAGGUGGGUCGGGGACGAAGAUGCUCACUUGCUCACUAUUGCAACGUCGUUGGAAGUCAGCCAACCUGCACUUGCCUGUGAGAUCCACCAUCUACAUGAUAAAUGUGUGCGCAUAAACAAUGUUCACCGUGCGCGCCUCCAGGCAAUAUAUGCAAUGCCAGGUUUUAGCGGUGUUUGUGUGCUGGAGACCUCUAAUGAUGCAAAUGAGGGUGCAGUGAUCGACGAGCUACAGAGCGCUGCACCCAUCGAAGUUGAUGAAGAUGAUAUCUUAUGUGACGAAGCAGCUUGUUUAGAAUCAUGUAUUGCGUAG